AUUGAGAAAAAAAGAUGUGUAAGAAUCAAUCCAUGAUUGAGGUUAAGGUUGUAAAGCAUUGUUAUGUUUGUCCACCAAAAGGUUCUGUUCCAACCACAAAUAUCCCAUUGAGUUUUCUUGACAUGUAUUGGAUUACAUGUCCUACUGCAAGACGCUUCUUCUUCUACAACUUCCCUCAUUCCACACAACAUUUUAUUGAUAAUAUUUUCCCCACCCUCCAACAAUCCCUUUCCCUAACUCUCCAACACUUUUUCCCUCUAGCUGGAAAUCUCAUUCUCCCUUCACAACCCAACCACAAACCCUAUCUUCUUUACACAUCCGACGACGAUGGUCGUGAUGAUCUUCCACAACUGAUUGUUGCAGUUGCAGAAUCGUCAUCAAAUCAACUUAAACAUGACUAUUUUGACAUCCUGGUCGCCGAUUACCCGAAAAUUCGAGAUGCUAAAGUGUUUUACCCAUUGGUUCCAAAUUUACCCAAGUCACGUCUGUUACCAGACGGAGCACGUGCGUUCCCUCUUCUGGGAAUCCAAAUCACCCUUUUCCCUAACCGAGGUCUUUGUGUAUGUGUCGCCUUUCAUCAUGCAGUUGCCGAUGGGAAGGCAGCUCAUCAUUUCAUCAAGUCAUGGGCUACAGCCUCUAAGAGGAUCCCAACCCCAACCUCGGCCUUGUCCUUGCCUUACCUCGACCGGACGAUAGUCAAACACCGAAAUGAGUCAAACAUAAACUCCAUCUUUUUGAGCGCAUUGUCAAGUUGGUCUUCGUUUCCAAUCGUAGAAAAACCUAUUAUACAUAUUGCCCCUUUAAACACGAAUAGAGCAACAUUUGUAAUCACCAAAAACCAAAUUCAAAAAUUAAAAGCUUUGGUUACAUCAUCAUCGUCAUCUUUAAGAGUGUCUGGGUUCAUAGUUGCAUGCUCUCUCAUUUGGAGUUGUAUGAUAAAAUCAUCAAUUACAACCCAAGAAACCAAUGAUCGUGAUGAAAUUUUCUAUCUUUUAUUUGUAGGAGAUUGCAGGAAUCGCCUCAUGGAGCCAUUACCACCAACAUAUUUUGGGAAUUCUCUUGAUAUUUGUAUUGUUGAAUUGAAGAAGAAAGAGCUUUUGAAGGAAGAUAGCAUUGUUGGAGUGGUGGAAGCCGUUGGAAACAAAGUGAAGGAAUUAGAGAAGGAGCCACUGAAGAUUGUGGAGAAAUGGUUUUCAGAAUGGAGAAGGUGUGACGAAACAAAGAGGCUUAUAACUGUUGCUGGCUCCCCAAAGUUGAGGGUUUAUGACACAGAUUUUGGAUGGGGAAGGCCAUGCAAAAGUGAAGUUCUUCAUGUUGAUAAUUCUAAGGGAAUUUCAUUGCAAGAAUCAAGAGAUGAAGAAGGUGGGAUAGAGAUUAGUUUGGGACUUACUAAGAACCGCAUGGAUCGUUUUAUUUCCAUUUGGGAAAAUAGUUUGAAGCGCUUUUGUAAUUGAACAAUUAGCUGCCCUCAAAUUGUAGAGGGUUUCGUUUAAUUUUAAUGAUGAAAUCUUUUAUAUAUGUGUUGUUUCUUUUACACAGUGGGUUGGGUGUUAUUCCAUGCAAGCAAAUGAUAAAAGAAGUCAUUUUAGCCAUGACUAAA